AUGGUUUCAAGAAAUUAUAGGCCUAGUAUAGAAAAGUAUAGUAUUGAUUUGAAUCGCGAAACAUCGUCAACAUCUAUCUCUGAAACCCAACCUGAACAUUGUGCUGAAGGGUUGGAAAAUAUUAUUCUACACAAUGAAGAUGAAUCAAGGCAUAAAGGUAAAGUCAAAUGGAGCAAGGAAGCAACUAUACUUCUUAUAAGUGGAUGGCUUAAUACAUCUAAGGAUGCCAUUGUGGGGAAUGACCAGACUUCUACACAUUUCUGGGCUCGAAUCGCAGAUUACUUCAACACCAACCAAAAAGACUGUUGGAGAUUGCUAAAGGUUGAGCCGAAAUGGAAUACAAUGUACCAACCAACAUGUGGUAAGAGAACAAAGGUGUCAGAAUCAGGGGCAUUUACUUCAUCUUCUAAUGCAGACAUCAGCGACGAUGAAGUACGUGAAGUACGCCCUACUGGCCAAAAGGCAACAAAGAGAAAAGGAAAGGAAAAAAAAAACACACAUGCUAGAUUUAUAGAGAUUAGUGAACGAAAAACAGUUGCAUUAGAGAAAUUGGUGGCGAUAAAGGAGAAAGAGGCAGAAGAUAAUAAGAUUAAAGGAUAUAUGGAUUAUCUCAUCAUGGACACAUCGCAUAUGACUCCUGAGCAAAAGAAAAAUCAUGAAGCCAUGUGUACUUAUAUUAAGACUAAUAUCCUAAAGUUGUAA